GCUCAGUUGUCUCGCAGUGCGGUCUGUGGACGCGGAAAAAUUGGAAGAAGAAAAAGUGAAAAGUGAAGAGAAAAAUGCAUAAAAUCCUCAAUUGAGUGUGGUGGAGGAAUUUAUGCAAAUGGAUUAAUCCUUCGGCUCCACCACAAAGGGCCUGCAACGAAUUGUCUUCACGUUUUUUUUUUUUUUUUUGAGGAUUUAUCAGUGAGCUUUUGUGAAGAAAAAAUGAAAAUUGAAUAAAAAUUCGUGAGUGUCGUUAUUCUUUAUAUUUAAAAAUUAAUAAAAGCUUUAAAGCUUUGAAAAUAUUUAAAAAUCCUCUGCAAUUUUUAAUCUUAUGUGGUGUAGUGAAAUCUAAAUUAAUUUUGUGAACGAUAACUUGGAUAAUUUGGACUCAAAGAUGAUUAAAUUAUUAAAAAAAAAUCUUUCUGAAAUAAAUUGUUAAUGUUUUAAUGAAUUUUACAAUUAUAAAUUCUAGUGGAUGGAAACUUCACUUACUAAAAAAGUAUUUUCUUUUAAUAAAAAAAAAUUUCUAGUUUAUUUUUUGUUAAUUUUCAACUUUUUUUUUAAUCAAAUAGCCUUUUAAAAGAUUUGUUUAAAAAUUGUUUAAAUCGUGUUUUUUAUCGUAAUUGCCUAAUGCCUACUAACUUUAUUGAGAAGUUUUCUAUCAAAAUUACUACAAAAAAAAGUUUGAAUUUUAGUGAAUUAUUCUGAAUUUCAAUUCCUGCAAAGUACGAAGAGGUUCAUUUAAAGAUUUUCUUUUAAGCUUUAAUUAUAGUGAAUAUAAAGAAGCUUCCUGACCGGAUAAUUUAAAUCCUCAAUUUAUUGUCUUCAUCACUGCUCUAAAGAAUUGUGGUACUUCCUGGUACUGCUGAACAACAAAAAAAAAAGCUCCUCCAAUACAAAAAAAAAGUCUGUCGAGUCAGCCAAGCUUCAUGCUCCUCCUCAUCGUGGAGAUCCACGGAGGAGAUUGAUGAUGACAUUGUCUGUGUGUCUGUGCGAGAGAUGGGGAGGAAGUUGUUUAAAGAAGCUGCACCGCUAAUCGCUGACGAGGCUGAUUUACUCAAGGACCCUCUCUCGGUCGCGGAGUAACUAGGACAUUGUUCGUACGCCCACACGGUGCGGGCUACACCACAUAUCGUCAAGUGGCUGCCACCACCUCCCGCCGCAGGAAAAAAAAAAGUUGAGGUGGAGAGUCUCUCCUCAAUCUGCUAAUUCUCCAUCCAUUGCGCGCAGUCUGGAUGCUCCUCAGUGACGACAUUUGUUCUCAAAACGCCGCUGAUCCUAAAAGUAAUUUUCCCGAUACGCCAUGUUCCGGAGAAUUUUCUUCGGGGCUCUGUGUCUUCUUGCUGAUUUCAACGUCAGGAGCUGCAGUGGGGAGCAUCAGACGGGCUUAACAUUCAACGACAUCCUUCCGGAGGAUCACAAGAGCUACGAUAAGAUGCGUCCACCGAAGAAGGAGGGUAGCCCAACAACUGUCUUCUUCCACGUAACCGUCAUGGGUUUGGAUUCCAUCGAUGAGACUUCAAUGACCUAUGCGGCGGAUAUUUUCUUCGCUCAAACGUGGAAGGAUCACCGGCUGCGUUUGCCUGAGAAUAUGACGUCAGAGUAUCGUUUGCUGGAAGUGGAGUGGCUGAAGCACAUGUGGCGCCCGGAUAGCUUCUUCAAGAAUGCCAAAUCCGUUACAUUUCAAACAAUGACCAUCCCCAAUCACUACAUGUGGCUCUACAAGGACAAGACAAUCCUCUACAUGGUGAAGCUCACGCUGCGUCUCUCGUGCGCUAUGAACUUUAUCAUCUACCCUCACGAUACGCAGGAGUGUAAACUGCAGAUGGAGAGCUUGUCUCACACGACGGAUGAUAUGAUCUUCCAAUGGGAUCCGGAUGUACCGCUCGUUGUGGAUGAGAACAUUGAGCUGCCUCAGCUAGCACUGGUGAGGAAUUACACGGCUGAUUGUACUCAAGUCUACUCUACAGGGAAUUUUACAUGCUUGGAAGUUGUCUUUGUGCUGAAACGCCGUCUGGGGUACUACCUGUUCCACACCUACGUCCCUACGUGCUUGAUCGUCAUCAUGUCGUGGGUUAGUUUUUGGAUUAAACCUGAAGCCGCUCCAGCUCGCGUAACUCUCGGUGUUACGAGCUUACUGACUCUCUCGACGCAGCACGCUAAAUCCCAGGCAUCCCUGCCACCAGUGUCCUACCUGAAGGCCGUGGAUGCUUUCAUGUCUGUCUGCACGAUAUUCGUCUUCAUGGCACUCAUGGAGUACUGCUUGGUUAAUAUUGUUCUGGGUGAUACACCACCCCCAAAGACAUCCUCCUCGGAGAAAGGAGACAAAAUGUAUGAAUUGUCUUCGAAGGGACGCUACAGCAUUUCCAGGAACUCCAUAGCUAGGCAGGAGCGGGAGAAUUCCACUGAUGGAGGCGUCCCGUGGAUUCAGCGUCAGGAGAACAGUAUGCUCCUGAAUGCUCCACAAGCAUUACCACCUCAAUUGCCGCUUGAAGUACCGCCGGAAGGUGAAAAACAAGACCCACCGAAGCUCACUCCUGCUCAGAUUCGUCUCCGGCGAGCAAUCAACAUCGAUCGCUUCUCACGCGUCUUCUUCCCCUUCCUCUUUACUGUCCUCAACUGCACCUACUGGUACAUGUUCUAUGAGUAUCUGUAAUUGGGGUAUUUUGGGAGAGGAGCAGAUAUAAUCAAAUGCAAAAUGAUUGCGAGAAAUCUUUGUCCGGGAGAAAAUUUCCAGUCAAUUUGAAGCACACGACGAAGCGCCAAAGGGCUAGCCAAUGUUCCCUCAUAGGGUGACCUCCAGUUUGGGAUUUUUUUGUGUUAGAAAUGAAACAAAGAAGAAAAAAACUAGUCAGGAAAUCCAUCAAAUUAGCCCCAAGAGAAAUUGUAGAGAAUAAAAGAAAAAAAAGUCAUCUCUUCA